AGCUGUUGUUCCCUGCCGCAGGCAGAUGGAUUCUAAUUCUGUGCAAAAAGUCGACGGAGUGGGUCAAGAUGUGGACAUUGAUGAUUGGAUAAGAGAGUUCGCCGCCAAUGCCGAUCAAGUUGAUGAGCACGCAAGAAUCGAGGGAAGGACAAAGUCUGCCAUACUUGAUGCCGUGAGACCACUGAGUGUGGCUGGGUGCUCAGUGGACGACAAGUCUUCUAACUGUGGUGAAGCCAAGGCUGAAUUUAGUUCUGGUUUACUCUGGAACUCGAAGCCCAUGAACUAUUCACAGCAGGCUAAAACAAGUGAGGCUCCAGUUCUUAAUUGUGCCUUGAUUCAACCAUCACCCUCACGCGAUCCCUAUAGUAUACUUGAAAGCAGCAUGGAUUUGAAGACUUGUUUACCGUCAUACGUGAGUCAGGUUUCACAACCGCAUACCCUUCAUCCAAACCAACUGCAGCAACUCCUGAUGCAGAUUUCUCAACAGUGCAACAAUCAAUCUUUUGUAAUGCAACCGACGGUUCAACACAGUAGCAAUCAAAUGGAGCAGUGGUCAAUGCAACCAAAUAGAGUUCAAUUUAGCCAGCCAAUGACAUUGCAAGACCAGUGGAAAAUGGAUUGGCUAGGUAAUAGUAAUAAUAAUAUGUCAACGCUUCAAUAUGGCCUGCAAUCCGCCCGACAAAAUUUUGCAGCAAAUCAGCAGAAGUAUCUCCCAGCAGUUUACGGGCUAGAUGUCCCUCAUCACUCACGCCCUACAACAACAAUUCCGGACUUUCUUCAUUUAAUGAGUUCUCAGAAUCCAACUGAUCCAUCACCACAAAGUUCAAGCCAAAAGAUGAACACAUCUUCUAUCCUUAGUUCUCAGAAGCCUAUGGGGCAUUUACAAGGCAAAUCAUCAGGAUUUUCAAGCUCUAUGUCUCAAACUGAACAACCUAAUUCUAGUGAAUGGAGUGACAAUGCCUACCAACAGCUUCAAGUAAUGAGGGAGAUAUACUCUGUUGACGUUAUUAAAAUGUACAAGAAAGCACAAGAGCUGUGCGUAAAGCCUUCAAAUCCUGAGCUCUCUGUGAACUAUGAAAAGGGCAGAGUAUUUUUGGAGAAAAUAAUCAAGUUCUUUCACAUGUCUAAAAAUGAGUUCCUUCAAAUACCCAAGGAGAAAGUUUGCCAUUAUAUGAACAUUGUAACAAAUUACCUUGAUCAAGUUAGAUUACAGAAUACUACAGAAUUGCAGAAGCAUCUUCAGCAACUUCAGGUACCCAAUCCACCAUUAUUAAUGCGUCAAACCGGAAAUGCAAAGUUCCAGUUCAAUCACUCCAUAUUAGAACCAUCUAGCAGUGCACCUCGGUCUUCAUCAAAUCAAGAGCUUUCCCUCCCAAAAUCAUUCUUUCUCAAUCCUUCUGGUGAGGUUUCUAAUAGAGGUCAUGAAAAUGCGGAAUCUUCAUCAAGGAGUGCAAUACCAGAUGGAUUAAAGUGGCCUUUGCACCCAAAUUUGAUUAAUUUUCUGCAAAAUGCAAACGUGUCUGAGGCAUCGCAAUCAUUUUCCCAAAGUGAUCCGAAACAAAUGCAUUCUAGUACUAGAUUGCCAGGGCCGGUGACACUGUUGGACAAUAGCACUCUCACUAUUCGUGAUCAUGCAACUCCCUUGGCUGCAAAUACAAGUACCUUUGCGUCUGCAGUGACACUGUCACAAAAAACGAAGCAACCAAUGUGGCAGACAACUUCAAUGCAUGGAAAUAGUGCUAGUGCUUUUGGUUUUCCAUUGACAAAGAUAAUGCAGUUUGAAGGACAGAAGGUAACUGAGAACAAGAAACUGACAGAAAAAUCGAACGAUUUUAAUGAUUCCAAGGUGAAGCACGCAGUGGGGACUAAUGUUCGAACAGUUCAGCCGAAUCACCUAAUCACUAAACCCUCCAAAAAUUUAUGUCAAACACCACCAUCAACUUCAAGUCAACUUCCGCCCAUGUCUCCUCAACUUUCUCAGCACCCUUUUCCACUCUCUACUAUAUCUCCAACCAUUACUCCCUCACCAUUGACCCCCUUAACCCCAACAUCUGUGCCUGAGAGUCCCCAGAAGGUUUGUUCAAGUUUAGGUCUAUCAUCAUCGGCUGAAGGCUCAAAAGCCCCCACGAUACAAUCACAACCAGCCAAUUUGGAUUCCCAGUUAAUCAGUUCAUCUGGAAUGCUUGAUGCACCCGUAGUCAUGAAGACUAGACACUCAGAAGGCAACGAACAAAGUACAAGACCGAUUAAACGAUUGUUAGAUGCGAUAGGAUCAAUAUCAGAAAAAUCAUUAUCUGCAGCAGCACGGGACAUUGGGAAUAUUGUCAAUAUGGUUGACAUGAGACCCGGAGCAUUGUGCUAUGGAGACUUCAGAGACCCCAUAAGAGAUGAUCUGAUGGCUGAUGUUAGAAGUUUUAUCCAGAAAGCCAAGCUAUGCCGGCAUGAAACUAUCGGAAAUGGUAAGAUGAAGCGCAAUAUAAAUGCCAUCAUUCCAAAUGUUUCUCCUACAUCACUUGAGGAAAGUGAUUGUGUGGAUUGGUCUAAUUACACCUCCCCGCAUACUCUAUCUAUGGAAACUGCUAUCACCAAAUUCCCAAACACUCAGCUUACAAGUACAGUAAUAGAAGAGAUCAAAGAAACAAACAGAAAACUUGUUGAAACUCUAGUGGAGAUGGUUGUUGGAAGUAGUGAAGAUGUUCCAAGACAUAGAGCUGAAGAAAAUAUUGUCAUUAAGUGUUCAUACUCUCCUAUGGGCUAUUGUGAGAAGACAAUCCAGCCGUACCUGCCAUCCAGAACAAGGUUUCCAGAGAUGCUUGUUCUGCAGCUGCUAGUCCUCGAGGACUAUCCUAAUGUUUCCCCCAUAGUGUUGGAUAAGUCGCCUGACCUCUGUGGAGACAGUGGUGAAGAAGUGAAAUAUGGAUACAAGGAGGUGAAGCUGAGGUUCACUGCGUCUCUCCGCCAACUGUCUGAACCCAUGUCCAUCAGAGAAAUGGCGAAAACCUGGGACAGCUGUGCACGCGAAGUUUUUUCAGAGUUCAUGACUCAUCAAAUGGGGGGUGGCAGGAGGAGCUUCAGCUCGGUGCACGGUGCCUGGGAAGAAUGUGAUGCUGCUGCCGCCUAAUUUUCACCUUAGUUGGGUAAGAACUACCAUUGCUUGUAGCUGUGUUUUACUGUCAAUUGAAUCAUCUGCUUCACUGCUUAACAGAUUAGUUCAUGUAAGUCCGCUUAUCCUUGUGCAGAUAUGGUAUAUGUGUAAAGCCCGCUACACAUAGAGUUGG